GUCGCUGACGGAUGAAGCGCUCGGAUCCACCGUAACUGGCUUCCGAGGCUUUGGUCUCGCUCUGGAGGUUGCCCGCGACCAGGAACAUGGAGCGGAUGGGGAGCUCCGGAGUUUCCAAAUGGGACAUCCGAAACAAAAUCUGGGAUUACAUGGAAACCCAUAACCUGGCUGAUUUUCCAAGACCGGUCCACCAUCGGAUUCCCAAUUUCAAGGGAUCUUUCCAAACAGGUGUGUCCAUCAAAAGCUGGGAUGAGUUUGAUCAAGCCAGGGAAGUGAAGGUGGAUCCAGACAAACCUCUCGAGGGGAUCCGCCUGUCGGUGGUCCAGGCCAGGAAAACCCUCCUGGUGCCCACGCCCCGUCUGCGCACAGGGCUGUUCAACAGAAUCGUGCCUCCUCCCGGGGCCACAAAGGAGACCCUAAGAAAAUGUGCAACCUCCCAAGGUGUCAGAGAUUAUAGUGUCCCAGUAGGGCUAGAUGCAAAAGUCCACGUGGACCUGAUUGUGGUGGGAUCUGUGGCUGUCUCUGAGAAAGGCUGGCGGAUCGGGAAAGGAGAAGGCUUCGCGGACAUGGAAUAUGCCAUGAUGGUUUCUAUGGGAGCCAUAGGGCAGAGGACGGUGGUCAUCACAGCGGUCCAUGACUGCCAGGUAGUGGAUAUUCCAGAAGAGCUUCUAGAUGACCAUGAUCUAACUGUGGAUUAUAUCCUUACCCCAACAAGGAUCAUCAAGACAGAAUGCAAGCGGCCGAAACCUUGGGGAAUCAUGUGGCAUAAGGUCAGCCAGGAAACUCUGAAGAAAAUCCCAAUCCUCAGGAUUCUUCAUGGCAGAGAGAAGCUGGAAGGCAAAACUGUUCUCCUCAAAGAUGAAUGGCCUGAUAUUGUGACCGCUAGGAAGACACCGAGAGUAGCCAAUGAGAAUGUUCCACAAGGCAGCCGGUCACAGGCGGAGACCGGCUUGGCCCAGCCAAGGGGAGAAGAAGAGGCUUUAUCAGAUGAAAGAGACCACCUCACUGUUCCUGCCACCAUCUACGUGGGCAACAUCUCCUCUGGAACCAGAGUGAGUGACUUAAAGGAGGCCCUCAAAAAGCACCACGUGACUCCAGCAAGGCUCUCCUGGCGAGGCGCACAUCACCAAGCGUUCCUCAGCUACGGUGAUCAGUCCAAGGCUGAAGAGGCCAUCACAGCUUUGCAAGGCUUAACUCUCCGAGGGCGUUUGCUGCGGGUGGAAUGGGCCAGGAACCAGCUGGGCAAAAUGGCACCUAGUCCCCGUUAGUGGAGAAGGACCUGCUGAAACAGAUGCCAGCUUGAUAGCAAAAUG